UGGAGAGAGUAGCGAGGGCGGGACGAGGGGCUCGUCUGACGUCACAUGCGGGGAUUGUUGUGUUGUCGCUCAGCUCCACUUUCAACUCUUGAGGUCACUGGUAUCGGAGGGAAGAGAGGCUCUGGAAAAUGAUCACUGUUUUGAGUCGUUUGGAUAACUGUGUUUUUAAAGUGAGAAAUGGAAACGAUGCCUGUUAGAAGAUAAACGCCUGUUAGGUUCCACACGGUGCCGCUGAUAUCACAGCACCUCUGUCUGUCUGCCUGCAGUACCUUUGAAGUAGGUACAAAUGCCAAACACUUAGACAAAUCAGCUUGUCCUUACAAGAGGGUGCGAAAACCAAGUUGCCAUGGGAAACCAGCUGACAGAGAUUGCCCCCAAUACACCGUUCCUGCCUAACUUCCAGUCCAUCCACUUUGUGGUCAUUGGUUUGGACUCUGCAGGCAAAACCUCGCUUCUCUACAGACUGAAGCUGAAGGAAUUUGUUGAAACUAUCCCAACCAAGGGAUUUAACACUGAGAAGAUUAAAGUUCCGGUAGGAAAUGGCCGUGCCAUUACCUUCCAGGCGUGGGAUGUGGGUGGUCAGGAGAAACUUCGGCCUUUGUGGAAGUCCUACACGCGGCGGACGGAUGGCAUGGUCUUUGUAGUGGACUCCACGGAGGUGGAGCGCAUGGAGGAGGCUAAGGUGGAGCUGCACAAGAUCACACGCACGUCAGAGAACCAAGGAGUGCCAGUGCUGGUGCUGGCUAACAAACAGGACCUUCCAGUCGCACUGCCUGUUUCUGAAGUGGAGAAGGUUUUGGCUGUACAUGAACUGAGUGCCUCCACCCUACACCAUGUGCAAGGAUGCAGUGCGGUUGAUGGGCAGGGGUUACAGCUCGGUUUGGAAAAACUGUAUGAUAUGAUCCUCAAACGAAAGAAAAUGGUGAAGCACAGCAAGAAAAAAAGAUAAGCUGAAUGGGACAACAUACUCCACUUGCAAAGCUCCUCGGUUGUAGGAUUUUGCAGUGAAUCUGUGAAUGAAGGAAAUGCUCCAGAUGGCCCAGUGGUCAGGAGAAAACAGAUUUGACCUUUAUGUGUCACUCAGUAUUGGACUGCUUUCUUCCAUGCCUAGUAAUUGCUGUGCAGCUCCCCUUUGUAAUCAAGGAAUAUGUGAUAGCAUUGAUAGGCUGAAGCAUCAGCAGAAUUUAAGCCUAUUUCCUUGCCUUUUCUUUUUCAUGCAAGAAACAGACUUAAUUAUAGCUUGGCAACAUUUUCACCAGACUUCAGACAUCAUUUUUUCCACAAAUGUUCACUUGAUUGGCAGUGCCGAUAUAAAAAAGGCCAUAUAAAUAUUCACGCUAUGCUAGUUGUGAAACUGAAGUCUUAAGCGAAUCACAGAGAUUCACUAUUCACAGAUCUAUGUUUUAGUUGGAAAACCUGUUUGUUUUUACAUGGUGUAAAUAGUUUUUUUUUAAUGCUGUCGAAUGAAUAAAUUAUAGACUGCUUUGACGCGGA